AUGGGCGUUGCAACACUGAAGGCGGGGGAGAGUCCCACGGCCCGGCGCCUCGGCCUUUACUUGCUGAGCCUCAGCGUGGCCUACAUCGCGGGGUACCAUGGACGGGCGCGGCACAGCGUGAGCCUGCGGCCUGAGGGCAGCAGCAGCGGGCGCCCUGCCGCGGGCGCGGACGGCGAGAGGAGCGAGUGUGUGGCGCGGGGCGAGGAGUAUGCUGCUGAGCUUGCCCAGAUGGAGGGUGCGGGCGGCGACAACGACUUCAAUGCUUCCUUCCAGUCGCCGAUAACGACGGCGCGGGAUGGCACCUUCCUGUGGAUGGCCCAGGCCACCGGCACAGACAAAGUGCAGUACCAUUCCUACCACUACAUGUAUACCAGGUACCUAGCGCACGCCCGCUUCCACCAGCUCAACAUCCUGGAGGUUGGGCUGGGCUGCGACAUGCGGUACGGCGCCGGCGCCAGCCUGCGCCUCUGGCGCGCCUACCUGCCCUGCAGCCGCAUCAGCUUUGUGGAGUACAACGACACGUGCGCCAUCAAGUGGAAGAAGGAGGUGGAGAAGGUGGGCGGGGGCAAGCUAUACAUUGGGUCGCAGGACGACUCGCAGCUGCUGGCGGCGAUACAGAAGUACGCCAAAUCCAUCGGCGGCUUUGACAUGAUCAUCGACGACGGCAGCCACCUGCCGGAGCACCAGUGGACCACAAUCGAGGCGCUGUGGCGCACGAUCAAGCCGGGGGGUGUGUACAUUAUAGAGGACCUGCACGACCACUGGUUCUCGUCCAAGGCGCUGCAGCCCGUGAUGACGGCCUUCCCGCCCACCCUGCCGGUACCGCUGUACAUCCAGCUCAUCCACCUCAUGAACUGCCACAGCUACGGCACCUGGAAGUAUUCCAAAGAAUCCAACUUCUGGUGCAGCCAGCAGAAGGCCAAGUCGCAGUACAUCGACGUCAUCAACCUGGAUUGCAUGUCGGAGUUUUGUGCCAUGGUGAAGGGGGCGCCCCUAGGCACAAUCAAGUUUCGCAUUCCUGGAUGA